CUUGAGAUCAAUGCAAUUAUCAGUAGAAUUAUCUACUUUGCUGUAUAAACGUGUGUGAAAAGUGUUUCUACAAACCGGCACUUAAACAAAUCUCAAGAUGUAUGGAAUGCUUUUGGAGAGUGUUCAAUAUUUUGUUCAGCUUGAAUACGGUGAUAUUGUUUGGGAGAAUGUAGUGAAAGAAGCUGGAUUAACCGUGUCUGAAUUCUCUACGCAUCAAGUGUAUCCUGAUAGCGUGAUGUCAAAUCUUGCGGCUGCUUGCUCGAAAGUUACGGGUGCUUCUUAUGACAGUUUCAUGAACUUUUUUGGCAAGUGCUUCGUUCGAUACUUCAGUAAUCUUGGUUAUGACAUAACAGUACGUGCUACUGGCCGUUUCUUCACCGAUUUCUUAUCGAGCGUCGACAACAUACAUUCGCAAUUUUGCUUCACUUAUCCGAAGAUGAAGAGCCCGUCGAUUUAUUUGUCCGAGAUCGAUCCGAAAGGUUGUGUGCUUGUGUACCGCAGCGGACGGCAAGGCUUCUCAAACUAUAUAAUCGGCUUAUUAACGCAAAUUGCAAAGGAUUUUUUCAACUUGAAAGUAAAAUUACGCAUUCUGGACCAAGCGAGUUCCGCAUCCGUAGACCGCACAUCGAUUAUCGUGCGCUACCGCCUCGACUUCGACAAUCGCGAAUACAUAAAUUACCAUCAGCAGCGCGCUGCGAACUCAUCCAAAGCCAUGGAGAAAUUCCCUUGCGAAUUGUUCCUUGAAUUGUUUCCGUUUGGCAUCAUGAUGAACCCGCGCAUGAAACUGAUGGGUGCCGGCGAGAAAAUCGUCGAAGUUUGGAAAGGCUCACCGGAAUCACUCAUUGGUCGUACUGUCACUGACUUAUUUAAAUUACGACGCCCGAAAGGAAUUACGUUCACCUGGAAAAAUACCAUGAAUUUGAUUAAUGUAAUGUUUGAGUUGGAAAUGAUCACUACGCAUGAGAAAGAACUGGAGGAAAUGGAAGCGGAAGAGCAAAAGUUGAAGCAAGAGAAAUCCAAAGGCAAAAUUCGCCCGCCGACGCCAACCGACGUAAAGCCUGCGAUUGGUGGUGAUAAAAAUUUAUUGCUGAAAGGCCAAAUGAAGUUUAUUGACGAUAUAAAUGUUAUUGUCUUCUUAUGCAGCCCAAUAAUCAACGACAUUAACGAAUUGCCGGAACUCGGAAUCUUCCUCAAUGAUUUGAAUCAACACGGAAUGAGCAAAGAGAUGGUGCUGGCUGGAUGGCAACACAACUCCAAAUUAGAGGUUAUGUUUGAUGAUGCGGAGCAAACAGCUGACGAGCUUGGCGAGAGCUAUAAACUUCUCGACAAGUGGAAGAAACGAGGCGACGAAUUACUUUACUCCAUGAUUCCGAAAAGUGUCGCUGAGAAAAUGAAGACUGGUGACAACACAGUCACUUGCGAGACUUUCAGCAGUGUUUCCAUCAUGUUCUGCGAGAUAUUGGGAUUGCAGAAUUCAAGCGUAAAGGAUGUGAUGGACAUGGUUGCUUCGAUGAAUACAAUUUUCUCGUGUUUUGAUGAAUUGAUGGAUGAAUACAAAGUGUACAAGGUUGAGACUGUGGGCCAGAUUUACAUGUCGGCAUGUGGUGCUCCAGAACGCACUGAACGCCACGCCGAGCAGAUCGCUGAUGUGGCGUUGGCAAUGUUGGACUCGAUGAAGAAGCUGCAGUUCCCCGACGGUGUUGAGACGGAUAUACGCAUUGGUAUUCACUCCGGCAAGGCGGUCACUGGCGUCGUCGGUCUGAAGAUGCCGAGAUAUUGUUUCUUUGGCGAUACGAUCAACACCGCAUCGCGUAUGGAGUCCAACAGUGUGGCCGGAAAGAUUAACAUCUCAUCGGUGACCAAAGAGCUUUUACCGGGCGAAAAGUACUGCAUUGAAAAUCGAGGCAAAGUGCAAGUCAAGGGUAAAGGAGAAAUGGAGGCCUUUUGGUUAUCAAGAAAAUAAAUAUAUAUUCAAUCACUACAGGCACUUAAAACUAUAAUCGCUAGUUGAAUUUGCUGUUAAAUGUUAAAUCGCAAAUAAUUCUAGACUAGUUUCAGCAGUAAGCAUUCCAGAUUGUUUAGAUAAUCUAGAAUUAAGAACAGUAGCAGGCAUCCUUGGUGUUGGCGUUUAUCCACGUCAGAUAGCGGUUCACUCGGGUGUAAACGCCGGGAAAGUUUGGCUCUGCGCAGCCUUCACCCCACGAGACGAUGCCUGCCGGGUAAUAAAUUACAAAUUAUAUUCGUUUAAUGUUAAAUCGAGCAUACACAUAACCUCAACCACAAGCUUUUGUUAGUGAUUAAGUGAGGUUAUGUUAAAACUUGAAAUACUCAGUGUACUUACCGACAAUUUGGUGUAUUGUGGCAUUGAGCACAUGCAAUGGCCCACCACUAUCACCCUAAAAGUAUUUAUAACGUUUAAAUUAAAUAUUUAUGUGAAUAUUAUUUAAAACUCAGCACUUA